UACUUGUUGCACUGAGAUUGAUUUCCCUCCAAAAGUCCCAGCUAACGAUCGGCACUGUGGUUGAGCGCGCACAGCCAUGGAAGCCUCAACACCGAUCCCUGAGCCCGAAAAUCAACUCUCGGCUUUCAUCACUAACAUACCGAAUGAAGUCCAACUGAUGGUGGAGAACAUGCUAAAGAAGAUCAAUGAAAUUAAAGAACACUCUGAUGCAAUAAAGGAGGAAAUAGAGAAAUGCAAAGAUUCCGCUCUUCAGAGGAAGAGAACCUUGGACGAGGAUAAGGAUCAAUUUCAGAAAGUUGCUUCUGCCGUUCUGGACAUGCUCACAAAAAAUGAAUGUCAGGCUAUAUGACAUUCAAGGCCUCCAUUUUCAAACAAGAAAGUUUUGUUUCAACUUCUGCAUAGAAUUUUCCACAGUAGUAUACAUGCAGGUUUGCGGGUGGUCAAUUUCAUGUAGGUUGUUGAUAAAAUGAGGUUUGGAAUUGUCACUUGAACAUCAUCAGAUCUCACAGACCGCCCUUGGGUCAGCACUCAGUACUCUAUUUGAUCUUUUGAAGACAUAUAAAACUCAACUUUCUCA